AUGUCGGCAACCUUCUUCGGCUUGAUGACAGUCCUGACGUUCGUCUUUAAUCUCUGUGCAUUGGUCGUUCUGCAUCGAUGGCGCAACGAAUUUGAAGAAAUAAGUCGAACGCUGUUCUUUAAUCUCGCCAUCCUCAACCUAUCUAGUGGUGUAUCUACAGGGAUCUUCCAAGGCAUGCUCAUUUAUCUUGACCGAGGGGAGGUUUCUGAACGGUUAUGCCACUUUUUACCGUUCAUAGGCACCUACAUGGUUUUCACUUCUACGUAUGAGGUAGCGCUUCUGAAUCUUCAACGCUAUUUGGCGAUUUCCUACCCAUUCCGGUACGUCCGUUUCGCGACAGUCAAACGAGUGAUUGUAUUGUGCACUGUCUUCGAUUUCAUAUUCAUUGGCAUGGCCAUUCCAUUCCUCCCAGUUCCUAAUUUCCCGUUUAAUGUUUUCAUCAGAAGUUGGUGUCACCAACAUACAAUACUCUAUAACAGACUUGACGAUGGUACACUGGGCAGUAACAUCUAUAUCUACUACGCUAUGUACGGAUUGCUAUAUAUAACUCCAUUCAUGGUGAUUACAUACAGCAACGUCCGCCUCUUGAUUAUCGCUAGGCGAGUAAGUCGACGACGACACCACGUGGUACCAGUACAGCAUAACGAGGAAGCAGGAAACAUGAAUUCAAGCACACCCGGUCUUAAGGGACUUCGGACCGUUCUCAUCAUAACCGGUCUGUUUUACCUAUCCAUCAUUCCUCUUUUAAUCUCAAUAACUUCUUUGGUCCUGCCGACGCCGCUUAGUGUUCAGAGUCUCAACACCCUCUUCGUUGUUGCCAACGCGUUCCAGAUAUGCAGUUGCUGGUGGAAUGUUCCAGUCUACAUGUCAACCAGUGCUGAAUUACGUCAGAGGGCUCUACAGCUGUGUCAGAGAAUUAAUUGUUUCAGGAAAGCGUGA